AUGUCCGGGUUCAGGGCUGUGUGGUUCCGGGGCGAUUCCGUAGCCUCUUAUCCAAGGACCUUGGACGUAAACCUCUUUGGCGCCCAGCGACUGACCAAGGCCCUCUUGCCUGAGCUGCUGGAUGAAAAGGCGCCAGGGAGGCUUGUCUUCGUCAGCAGCGGCGCUGGAACGGCGAACCUCUCAAAAAUGUCAGAGGAGCGGCGGCAAGAGCUCCUGGAGUGUUCCGACCUCUCCGCAAUGGCCGCCUUCUGCAGCGCCUUCGUGGCGGCCUACGAGGCGUCGGCCCGGGAGCAGGAGGAGCAGCCCCUGCCACAUCUGAGCAGCGGCUUCUGGUUGCAGUCCUACGGCUUCUCAAAGGCGUGCCUGAACCGCUACUGCCAGAUCAUGGCUCAGCAGCAUCCCGGCCUCAGCUGCGUGGCCUGCUCCCCGGGCUUCGUGGACACCGAGAUGGUGAAGACCUACCGGGGCGACGCGAAGUUGAAGAGUGUCGAGGAGGGUGGAGAUGUCUGCGCCUGGCUGGCGUGCUCGCCGGCCAUCGACAACGGCUACUACAACCCUGACAGGAGCAUGGCAAGUGCUGGCUGA